AUGACACCCCCUGAAGAGUUCCCAUGUUUUGACUCCAGACUAUCCAAGUUCACUGAAAACACAUUCAUGGUCAGACUCAAGCUUCUUGCACACAAUACCAUUGGACCAGCAUACACCACCCUGAAGGACAAAGCACAAUCCCCACCAGACGCGGACCCUGAACCAUCCAAGAAAUCUGGUUCAACCACAGCAAAACCAGCCAAAGCAACCGCAUUCAAGAUGAGAGGCAUCUCCGGCAAACCCAUCAGUCAAUCCAACGCUUCAGCCACAGAAAAACCUGAUCCAGCCAACCGCCCUACACCACCUGCAGGAGAGCCAACUCAUAAGACCCUAUUCAAGGUACACUUCCCCAACCAUGCUCCACUGCCAGAGGACCGAAAGGUCCGCGGAAGCACCAUUGGAGAACUCUCCCAACAACUUAUGGUGGAUUUCUUGAAGCAACUCUUCUCCAUUGAACCUGAAGCCAAACUCAUGCGAUACCCCACUGCAAGCCCCCUUACCUUCCAUUCUGCCUGGAUCCACCUUCACUCCAACCCAGCUAAAUUCCCUAGAGGAGCUGAUCAGUUCAAGUCUAUCUUCUACAAUCACUUCUUUAGGACAUCUGCAAAGAUUCUCAUCGCCCAUAACAUGCCAAGGGAUGAACUUUUGGAACUUUUCCAACCCUUCUUCGGAGGAUGGGAUGAAACACAGGCGAACACUGGAAUCACUUUCAAACUUGAACUUGCCCCAAUCCAGUCCCCAAAAACUGCCUCAGUAGCCUGGCUUAAAGGAACAGGAUACUGGACCCAUGGAGUCAACCUAGGUGAAGCCAUACGACAGGACCCUCUCUACAAGCUCAAGGAGUCCAAGGACAACCAGCAAUACCCCAUUGAACUGAUCUACCAACGAAUACAGACAGAGCAGAACAAACGGUGGGACCCAACUGGCACCAACCCCAUGGCGGUACAUGUACACUGUGCUGAAGAACACUAUGACCAAGUGCUCUCCCUUCUCUCCAAUAUCUAUGCCCCAGGACGCCGAUCUGGAUACCCCCAACACAAGAAACUCCAAGUGGUACCUGACCGCGGAUCCCACAAGUACUUGGCCACCCAGGAUGCAACACUGGACCAGGUCUUCACCUCCCUGGUAGACAAACAGUUUGUUAUAGUUGACAACAUCCAAGUCAUCUACAUCGAGAAUGUUGUUGGGAACCCAGGACCCCUCUCACCACAGGACCCAUCCACAUUGUACCUAGCAGUGACAUCUAUGGUUGAUAGCAACUCCAACAGGCCCAAACAGCCUGUUUUCAUUGGCCUCGACCAGUCCACUAAGGAUCCAUCCAUCUGGCUGCUACCUGUCGACAAGUAUCGGUAUGCUGAAGCCCUAGCCUUGUCUCAGAGGUUUGGACACGCCACGACAAAACACUGGGGACCAAGUGCCUGGAAUUGGUUCACACCCUCCUUCAGACAGAAGCAGGAAGAUGCCUUCAAGUACAACCCUGAGACAGAAGUGUUUGAAACCAGGGCUGACCGCCACCUGAAACGCCUGGCAAACACCAAACAGUUCAAACGAGAAUUUGAGGUGGUGGACAAUCUGGAUUUUGUUACCGAGUGCCAAAUUGCCAGCAUCCAUUUCAGGGUUCCCGGGGCAUUCAGAGAACGCUCUGCUGCAGAUGGAGUGGCCCUGGAUCCAUCAGAGGCAUCCUCCAUUGGCACCACUGCUGACGGGGACCGUCUAGACAUAUCCACCCUCAAUUCAGGCUUCCAAUCAGGUGACUACGCGGCCAUGUGGUCUGAAGACGAAAGUGAAGAGUCAGAAUCGAUGACACUGGAAGACGAGGAAACCAAUGAGGAAGAUGAACCACCACAAGAUGGACCAUCUGUCUUUCUCAUGGAAACUGAUGCAGAUAGGAUACACACUGGGGACAUGCAAGUCAACCUCAGCCCUGAGGUGGACGCCCUCGUGGAAACAAGAUUCAAGAUUAUAUGGGAACGGGUAAUUCGACAGGAUCAAUGGACAUUGUGGGAACGAGAUGACAAUCUCUUGUACUUGAAGGCCUUCCUCACCCACAAAGUUGGAGGACAGAAUUUGGCCGGGGCCACUGCCAUCCUGGACCAUUUCGAGGCCCACAAGACGCCAGUGCAGACAAUCCUUCACCUCACAAGCUGGGAAUUGGCCAAGCUCAUGUACGUGGAGGGAAGCCAAACCUGCUUCAUCCCCAUCAGUUCCUCCAAGUACUCCAAUGACCUCUAUUUCCAAGUCAAAACCCAGAUCAAUCAAUCAUGGCUGGGACAACACCCAUGCAAUCCCAGUCCUGCCACUUUCCCUGGAUUCCUACAGCUCUUACCUCUGAUGUCCCACUCACAAGAGAGUUGUCCAACAAAGGCUGGUGGACAGAACCAAAUAGUUGAUGGGGAAAGGAUUCAUGCCCAAUACAGUGAAAAGCAUGAAUCCACGGCACACACCACACACCACCCCUACAACAACAGAAAGACCUUGACCCCUUUGACAUAUUCCUCCAAUCCUACACCAGACACCUGCAUCAGUCCAACAACACCAAAACAACCCAAACUGCUCCACAACCUGGCCCCCCACCUUACACCCACCACACCACCCAUACCACCACCGAUGACUCCACAGCCAGCAGUGACGAAUCCUUCCAUUCCUUUGAUGUCCCACUUCUGAGUGAAAGAUCCACUGACUCAGAUGCCACCUCUCACAGCAGCCACAACACAUACCCCCCAGUCCCAGCCCUAAUGCAGCGAGAAGAAGACUCUGACAUUGAGAGUACAUUUGGAGAUGACUCCUCCAUCGAGUCCUCAGACUAUGUGUCCAUCCCCUUCUCCACUCCCACUGGCCCAACGGAUCCCACAACUGCCCCCACCUCACUUGGCG